UUUUAACAUGUUAGUCAUAGUUUCAGUUGGUUUUGUGCUGUGUGCUCUUUUGUAAUCAGUAGUUGAUUGUGAAACAUUACAAAAAUCUUAAAUAAUUUAAAUAAAGUAUGUCGGCAUUAAAAGGAAGAAGAAAAACAAUAAAACCACAUCCUGAUGCUGGUUGUUGUGUCGUUGGAUGUGUUAAUCAUAAUUUCAUUUCAGAAAAUGAACUUUUCUAUUACUUUCCCAACCCCGGGGUACCACACCAACGAAGAGAAUGGAUUGCUGCAGUUAGAAAGAUAAAUGGUGUCGAUGCCGAUGGAAAUCGAUGGACACCGAAUAGUGAUUCAAUAAUAUGUUGCCAUCAUUUCGAUAAAAAACGCAAAUCGACGGAUCCAAUGAAAGUAAAUUACGUACCAACUCUUUUCCCGCCAGAGGCAUACAAAAAAGAGCCUGAAAGACCAAUCGAUUCAUUUUUUAUCCUUGUCGAUGAUGAAGAAGAAAACCAAACUGCCUCUUCUGUCCAGCAACUUUUUGAAAAGAACCCACAAAACGUAUCAAUAUAUCCGUACAGUAGCAAAACUGAAGUUCAACAAGAAUUUAUCGAUCAUGUGGUAAUUGCUUACUUUAACCGAUGUCGAUCACGCGCUGGUCGACCCAAUGUUGGUAUGCCCCAUUACAUUCUAAAAAACAAAGCUGAAGAAGCUGCUGUUUUAUUGAGCACAUCCAUUGGAAGUCGAUAUUUGUGGUAUGAAAGAUUUGAAAAAGUAUUAGCUGAGAGUGAUGCAAAAGGAAUUGUUUUAACGCCGGAACCUCAAUCACUUGUUAUUGCUGAUAUUAUGAUCGAUGAAUGGCCUAAAUUUGUCAAGGAAAGAGGUUUGGACAUCAAUGAUGAAUCAGAUAAUGUAUCAAUUAUUUCAAUGGAUGAAAUUGAAGAUUUGGAGACUGAAGAAGUCAUUACGGUGAUCGAUGAUGAUAAUGAAGAUGAUGACGAUGAUGUUGAACAUCAAAUACAAAUACCUGAUAAUGACGUGGCAUUGAAUCGCUUGGGAUCCGACACUCCAGCAUUGGAAGAAAAUCCGGAGAAAGAAACUAUUUCACAAGAAGAAUUUCUAAGACAUGUUUUGAUGACUUUUGUUUCACGUUAUAAUGCCGCAUGGCCUCGAGCUGAACUUCCCGAUUAUAUUCUAAGUGCAAAAUACAAGGAAGCAGCUUUAAUUUUAGGUUCUGAAAUCGCAAACAAAGAUGUAUGGGUUUACACAAAGCAACGUAGUCUCGAAAAUUGUAAUCAACCAAUUUCAGUAAAGAAUAAUAAAUCUCUGGAAAUGCGUGAUAUUAUCGAAGAAUUACGACAAAAAUUUUCUAUUGAAAAUGAUAAUUUGAUAUCACAAGAAGAUAACAGAUUAGAAGAAGUUGUACCGAGUGAAGAAAUAAAUAGUACUGUUAUUAAAUCAGAACCGGUAAACCCGGAAAAUUUUGAUGAAACACAGAUACAAACUUGUGAAGAGGCACGAGAUUGUUUGGAUUUGUUGAAAAAUUAUGCAAUAGAAUUAGGAGAUUCUACUGCUUUCAUACUUAUAAGGGAAAUAGAUACAGUCUUAAAAAGUAACAAUUGUGUAGAUUGA